AUGAGAAGGCAUUACCAGUUGACCCAUCGUACAUCGUACAUGGAUGGUGUUGUUGUGCCAGUCACUCUGAUACCAGUGGUUUUUUCAGCUGCUGGAAGAUCCGGAGAAUGCACCGCCCAAGCAGGAAUCGAACAGCAUUUGCAAGGAGCAAACGUAGGACACUACCAUCAGUUCUAUCACAAAUGGGCCCUGCUGACAGAUACGGAUGAUAUAACUGCGGGUCCCAAAGGAUAUCUCAAAUGUGACAUAUCAGUGGCUGGAAAAGGAGAUACUGUCAAGCCGCCUCCAAAAAGUGAAAAAGAUGAAGAUGACAUAGAAGCGAAUUUGUUGCUUCCUGAUGGUGUUCCCGCAGAGCGACAACACGCGCGUUUCAUUGUGAAAAUAUAUCGGGCAGAUGGUCUCCCGAGAAUGAACGCAGGAAUCGUGGCAAACGUUAAGAAAGCUUUCACUGGGGAAGCUCGUGAUUUGGUUGAUCCGUAUGUGCAGGUCUCGUUUGCUGGACUCACGGGAAAAACAUCUGUGCGGAAAGGAACAUGCUGCCCCACGUGGAACGAGCAAAUUGUAUUUACCGAGAUGUUCCCUCCCUUGUGUCAGCGGAUCAAGAUCCAGCUGCGGGACAACGACCCCGUCAACGACGCCGUCAUCGGCACACACUUCAUAGAACUUUCCAAAAUAUCUAACGAAGGUGAAAAAGGCUUCCUUCCCACUUUCGGUCCAUCAUACGUGUAUUUAUAUGGAUCUCCACGCGAUUACUCCCUGUUCGAUGAGCACACUACACUAAACGACGGUCUGGGCGAAGGUGUUAUGUACCGGGGCAGGAUCUUGCUGGCGGUUAAGACGGAGAUAAUGGACAGUUUGGACAUCAGCCCAUCCGAUGUGGAAGUAGAAAUGGCGAAUCCUAUUUCCGAGGGAAUGUAUGGACGGAAUGACGAAUUUUUCUUGUUUGGCUGUGUUCUAGAAGCAAGCAUGAUCGACCGAAAGGUGGGGGAAAAGCCAAUCUACUUCGAAGUGACAUUAGGGAACGCUGGGAACAUGUUAGAUAGUUACCGUGUGUCCAAUCGAGGAGACGAAGACGACUUUGAUUCUGGAUCAGAUUCCGGAGAAGGUUCCUUCUAUGGAGAAGCUUCUUGUCCCAUACAAUCAACUACACCUCCACUUAAGCCUACUUCCAAAGACAGACAGUAUUAUUAUUUGCCGUAUGGGGACAACAAGCCAUGUGUUUGGGUUCGAAGUAUUUGGCAAGAUCACAGAAGAAGGAUGUAUAACUCUAAUGUAUUAGCUAAAAUUGGUGAUAAAUUGGAAGAAGGCUUGUCAGAUGUGCAGGAGAUGAUUCGCUUGGAGAAACCUCACGCCGACAGAAGAUUGAGAGGUGUCUUGGAAGAGUUAGGAACAGGCUGCACUCGGUUUCUGACAAUUCUCAAAGGAGCGGGAGGAAGCGCAUCAACCAAAACCAAGCUGGACAAAGAAAGAACAAAACUUUGUCAAAGAGAGCUGGAUCACAUAGCAACAAUAUCACGGACAAUGAAACCCUUAGUGACGAAGAAUACAAUCAAAGAAAAAUUAAGAACUGCUCAAGGAUUUCUCAAAAAGAUAAGGGAUCUUACCGAAGAUCCCCAACACGUGCUUCCGGAUGUGUUUGUAUGGAUGAUCAGUGGGGGGAAGCGAGUUGCAUACCAAAGACUAAGCUCCAGGGAACUCAUGUUUUCGAUAGUUGAAGAGGAGAGUGGGAAAUACUGUGGAAAAGUUCAGACCCUUUUCUUAAAGUUGCCAGGGAAGAAAGGUUCUGGACCAGGUGGUUGGGUUAUCCAGGCAAAAGUUCAAAUAUAUCUGUGGUUAGGACUAACCAAGCACAAAAAGCAUUUCCUAAAAGGCCUUCCGAAGGGAUAUGACUCUUCAAUGGAGAUCAGAAAUUCCGAAAAACUACAGACAGCACCUCCCUCUUCCAUACAUUACUCAGAAAAGCAAGUGUUCGAAUUACGCUGUCACAUGUAUCAAGCAAGAUCCCUUAUUGGCUCUGAUUCUUCUGGUCUCUCUGAUCCUUUUGCACGAGUCUUGUUUUCUGAUCAAAGUCAAACAACUCAGGUGAUCGAUGAGACACUGAGUCCGACGUGGGAUGAGAUGCUUCUCUUUAGUGAUGUAGUGGUCUACGGAAGCAAGGAAGAUAUUCGAGAAGACCCUCCUAUUAUUGUGGUAGAAAUCUUCGACCAAGAUAAAGUGGGAAAAUCGGAAUUUAUUGGACGCACAAUAGCCCGGCCCCAUGUGAAAUUCUCCGAUGAACCCUAUUGCAAGCCCAAUUUCCCGCCCACUCUAGAAUGGUACGAUAUCUACCGAGGUUCAGAACAAGCUGGAGAACUGUUGGCAACCUUCGAACUAUUACAGUUGUCCGAAUCAGACGAGAAAGGAGCCAUUCUUGAAUUGCCUCGGCCGAAAGAAAAUGUCUGGAGACCUGAUCGAGGACCCAUAUUGCCAGUUCCAUCAGUUAUCAGACCGACACUUUCUAAAUAUCGCAUAGAGGUAAUCAAAUACUUGAAAAUAAUCUCAAUCCAUAGUCGCAGUACU